CUAGCGGUUUUCUGAGUCGAUUGUCUUCUACAUUGCGCUCAUCGUUCUCCUCCAUCGCGUCCCCGUAGCUUUUCAUAUGGCUGGUCAUAAUACGCCCAAAGACGAAGGCCACCAGGAUCCACCACCGAUUACGCCAGGAGGGGCAUAUAGUAUACAGACGGUGUCUGUAGGCUGCAAAGUCUAUGCUCGUCGCAAGACUCCCGACGGCGAGGAGGAGGAACGACUUGCAGAGAUCCUUUCCAUACGUGACAAGCCAAGUGGCACAUACGGUGGCCACCCGAAGCGCGUCGUCAAGGAAGAGGAGUCUCAGGACCCUGCCGACAGACUCGAGUUUUUCGUGCACUGGGACCAGUUCAACAAACGGUUGGAUGACUGGAUCUCGGGCUCUCGGCUCGUUCUGAGCAGAGACCUUGAGUGGCCGCGACCCAAAGCACCCCCUUCUGCGAAGAAGUCAGCCGGAAAGAAGGCGCCGCCAGGGAAGAGCCGUGCUCAGUCUCUGCUCAAAAAGGCGGCUACGUCUAACGCUCUGUCGCAUUCUAAAUCCGUGAAGACUGAGCCGGAGACACUCCCUGGUACGCCGACGUUUGAAGGCGCACCUAGCCCAUCCCCUGCUCUGAACGUCUCCUUGAAGCGGAAAGUCCCACAUGACGAGGAGGAGGAGGACGACGAUGAUGCGGACCUGGACGCAGACGCGGACGGCGAGAUGGAUGUAGAUGCUGAAGGGGAGGAGGUGCUCGAUCUUGAUGCUAGUGGCACACCACCGCCGCCUGCGCCCCUUGCUACGUUCAGCAAAGAGCAGGAGAUAGAGAAGCUACGGACAUCUGGCUCCAUGACGCAGUCCAUCUCAGAGAUUGCACGGGUGAAGAAUCUGAACCGCCUACAGAUCGGGAAACACGAAGUCGACGCGUGGUACUUCAGUCCGUACCCUCGCGAAUACGCUCACCUGCCGGUACUGUACCUUUGCGAAUUCUGUCUAUCCUGCUUUCCUAGCCAGUUCAUGCUCUCUCGACAUCGCAAACGGUGCACCCUGCUCCAUCCGCCGGGGAACGAGAUCUAUCGCCACGAGGAUAUUUCGUUCUUCGAGCUGGAUGGCAAGAAGCAGUUGGCUUGGUGCCGAAACCUGAGUUUACUGUCCAAAUGUUUUCUUGACCACAAAACCCUGUACUACGAUGUCACUCCUUUCCUGUACUAUGUCAUGUGUCACCGAGACUCGACGGGCUGUCAUAUCAUUGGCUAUUUCUCCAAGGAGAAGGAGUCGGCGGACAAUUACAAUGUCGCUUGUAUCCUGACGCUGCCGCAGCACCAGCGCUUCGGUUACGGCAAGCUUCUCAUCGAGUUCUCCUAUGAACUCAGCAAGAAGGAAGGGAAGCUCGGUAGCCCGGAGAAGCCACUCAGCGACCUGGGACUUCUGGGCUACCGCGCGUACUGGUCCGAAACGAUCAUCGAACUGCUACUUAAUACGACGGACGAUAUUAGCAUUGACGACAUCGCACAGAAGACGGCAAUCACCCAUGCGGAUGUCAUGAAUACAUGCACGACAUUGCAACUGUUCAAGCACUACAAGGGCCAGCAUGUCAUCUCUAUCCCCGAGGCGCUCCAGGAACGGCACAAGAAGAGGAUGGAGAAGCGCAGGCGGCGCAUCCAUCCGGAUUGUCUCCAAUGGAAACCACCGGUAUUUACUCGCGAUCAGCUGAGAUUCGGCUGGUAGACUUCCGUAGCACUGUUCGGGACCGCGGUUUGGCAUUCGGACGUUCAUGGGGCACACAGCGCCUUCUGUAUUGUAUCACAU